AUGAAGUGCUUUGAGAAACUGAUCAUGGCCCAGAUCAAAAACGCCAUCGAUAUCAUUGUGGACCCUCACUGGUACUUGAGGAACCACUCCACUUAUGAUGUCACCUCAUUACGUGGUGCACCCAUGCGCACACUAAUGGACAGUGUAACCAGUGAUAGGCCGGAGAGGAGAACCGCCAUCAUUGCCAGGGAACUGAGAAGAUGCCGGAUUGACAUAGCUGCUCUUUCAGAAACCCGGCGGGCAGAGGAAGGUCAUCUGAAGGAGGAAAAAGGUGGAUACACUUUCUUUUGGAAAGGAAAGGCCACAGAUGAGCCUAGGAUCCAUGGGGUUGGUUUUGCCAUCAAGAACCAACUGAUCAGUCAGCUCUCUGAACUCCCUGUGGGAAUCAGUGAGCGCCUGAUGACCCUCCGUCUGGUGCUGGUCAACAACCAGACGGCAACAGUUCUUAGCGCUUAUGCACCUACCCUUGUUUCCGAUGAGGACAAAAAAGAGGCCUUCUAUGCCUGUCUGGAUGAGGUAUUGUCAAAAAUCCUUAAAGAGGACAAGAUUAUUAUAUUGGGAGAUUUCAAUGCCAGAGUGGGCCGGGACCACCGCCUCUGGAAGGGCACCAUUGGAAAGGAAGGCAUUGGAAACAUCAACUCCAACGGGGUUUUGCUUCUUAGCAAAUGUGCUCAAUACGACCUUACCAUCACCAAUACCAUCUUUCGCCAGAAGAACAAACUCAAGGGUUCAUGGAGACACCCUCGCUCUAAACAAUGGCAUCUUAUUGACUAUGUCAUUGUCAGAGCCAGGGAUCAGCGCGACGUGAGCAUUACAAAAGCCAUGAUGGAUUCAGAGGCCUGCUGGACAGAUCACCGCCUGAUACGAUCCACGAUGUCCAUCAGACUCAAGAGGAAGAGGAGACUGCAAAAGAAGCUGAGCCGGCAGAGACUAAACCUUGAGACCCUGAACAACACUGCCGCCCUGCAGCUGUUUCAGGCCUCUCUUGGAGAAAGCCUCAAUCAGGAAUACCCUGAGGACAUUGAAGAACACUGGAGCCUGCUCAAGUCUUCCAUCCUCGACACCUGCCGUGCCACUCUCGGGUACAAGGCCAGAAAGCAUCAGGACUGGUUUGAUGAGAACGACACAGAGAUAGAACAGCUCAUCUCCAAGAAAAGGGAAACCUUUCGUGUCUGGCAAAAUGACAUCACCUGCACAGCAAAGAGACAGGCUCACUCCAGAGCCAAGGCUGACCUCAACCGUGACAGCACAACUCAGUCAGAUUUCCUCAGUCACAUCCCUCAGAGUCCCAUCAGGGACGACAUGGGUGAACCUCCCACUUUAGUAGAGGUCCAAGAUGCCAUCAGGAGCCUGAAGAACAACAAGGCCUCUGGGCCAGAUGGGAUCCCAGCUGAGGUCCUAAAGGAAGGUGGACUAGAGCUCCAGCGCCACCUCCAUUCCCUUUUUCUGAAAGUCUGGGAAAAAGAAGUACUCCCCUCGAAGCACAGGGAUGCUCUGAUAGUGACCAUUUUCAAGAAAGGGGACAAAGCGGAUUGCGGAAACUAUAGGGGCAUCUCGCUCCUUUCAACAGUUGGCAAAGUACUUGCUCGUGUUCUUGCCAAUCGCCUACUGCCACUGUCUGAGGAAAUUCUCCCAGAAUCGCAGUGCGGUUUUCGCCCAUCUAGAGGCACUGCAGACAUGAUUUUUACAGUACGCCAACCCCAGGAGAAAUGCCGUGAGCAUAAACAGCCUUUGUUCAUGGCUUUCAUAGACCUUACAAAAGCCUUUGACACGGUGGAUCGCCAGGCCCUAUGGAGCAUCCUUCUGAGGUAUGGUUGCCCGGACAAAUACGUCAGAAUACUGCGUUUAUUACAUGACGGAAUGACAGCCACAGUGCUCAACAACAGCUCCUUGACUGAGCCUCUCACUGUAGAGACAGGGGUCAAACAGGGAUGCAUUAUUGCACCCACCCUGUUCUCUGUCUUCAUUGCCGCCAUACUCCACCUCAUCAACAAAGAACUACCACACGGAAUCCCAAUAUGGUACAGGACUGAU